UUACGGUCUCUAUCAACCCUAAAUUAAAAUUUAACCUAUCAGAAAAAAGAAAACUAAUCUCAAGUUUAGUAAACUUUGUUCGGAUUGAUCAAAUUCCAAUCUAAUCUCAAUAUCAAUUCCUAGUCUAAUUUUAUCAACAAAUUUAACAACAAAUGCGAUUGGUCAAUUCCAAUGGAAUAAUCAGCCUAUUGAAUUAAUCAAAGAUGGUGAAAGACAUCCUCAUUCGUCGAGAAAUUCCGAAUGUGUAAUUCCGCUAGAACAUUUUUUUUAGGAGAGUAACCUGACAUCUAUCCACGACACAGCCACAAUUUUUCUGUGAUGAAUAAACAUAUAAGUGUGUGUGCGCGCGCGGAUAUGAUGCAAGUAUGAGAACGAUGUACACCAUAAAAUGACAACAUGCUUAAUAAAGAUGUUGGCUUGACAAAAGAAUCCGGAGGUAUUUCUACCUGUUUGCACGUGAAUACGCACUAUUACUUUUUGACAAUAAACUUUGAUAAAAUGAGUAUCGCGAUAAUUCAAAGGCUUGUAAUAGCGAGCUGCAGACAUAAAAUUGAUGUUGAUAUAUACCGGCGUAUCGUACCAUGCCUGAGCAUUUUCCGAGCGAGAACAGAGUUUCCUGUACAUGACGUGAGCCUAACACAUAAGAGAUAUCUUCACGAUUCUAUGAUUUGUUUGGAAAAGCUCCACUUGAAGGAAAACGUGAAUGGUAUCACAGACAACAUAUCUACAUUACAAAUAAAAAAGAGACCAUCUAGAAGAAACAGGAGCUUGAUAAAUGAUGGGUUUAAGAAUCCAAAGCCUAAUACGUGGUCUGUAAAAGCCUUAGUCACGGCUGAGGAAUAUGAUUUGGAAAAUUUAGCUUAUGGCCUGUUGGAUCAACAAUUAUAUAUUCCUAACAAAAUAUCUACGUCAACUACUCCUUUACCUGAUGUUAUACAUGCAGUGGCCAAGUACGACAUAGGACACGAGCCUCGAGAGAUUUUUUUUCGAGAAGGUAGCAUUGUUAUGUGGAAUAUUUCCGAUCUCGAAUGCGGCAACCUAUUGCAAUUUUUAAGACGUUACGAGCAAAAUCGUUACAAAGAAGAGAUGGUUCAUACCGAAAGCGAGUUAAUGAAUUAUACUUAUACGGAUCCCGGGAAAAAAAGCCACUUGAAGGAUGGUGAUAUUAUUCUGGCGCAACAAGCUGGGAUUCUGGACAAGUACACGUUUUCCAAUGCCAUGGCACAGUCAGUCAAGUUAGGCAUAUGGGAAGCAUCAUUAGAUCGUUAUGUAGAUUCAAUCGAAUUUGUCACAGAGGAUCUAAAAACUGGCAAGAAACUUCAGAUGACGCAGCAAGAAGUACUAAGGAAACAGGGCGAAUUGUUUGCUCUCAGACAUCGGAUUAAUUUAACGUCGGAUCUGUUAGACACGCCAGAUUUCUACUGGGAACGAGACGACUUGGAAAACUUGUAUCAACAAAUUUGCGGAUAUUUUAGUAUUGCAAAACGUACGAGAGUGAUGAACGAAAGAUUAAAUCAUUGCGUGGAAUUGGUGAGCAUUUUGUCGUUGCAUUUGAGCGAUCGUCAUCAUGUUCGUUUGGAAUGGAUGAUUAUCAUACUUAUUAUGGUAGAAGUGGCUUUUGAAGUUUUGCAUUACAUCGAUCGGUACCUUGUAAAAUAGCAAUCUAAUAACACUAAUAAUUCUGUUGGUAACACUAGGUAACACUGCUCGUAUUUUACACAAAAAUCAGAUAAUGUAUAGAUAUAUUAUAUAUAUUAUGUAUAUAUUUCUUAAAUUAGUUUAUUAUAUUAAUGACAUCAUCACAUUAGUGACAUUUCAAUCUAAAAAUAUAAUAUAAUCUUUUAAAUUUUA